AGCCUCCGGUCACCACCAGCACAUACCCUGGGUUACCUCCCCGCGCCCGCCAGCACGGCGCGCGCGCUGAGGCGCCUCCCAAUGGCCACAAUCUCCGCCUUUGCGCCCACCCUCUCCCCCGCGCACUGCCUUCACCGCUCAGGAGCAGCCGCCGCCGCGGCCGCGCCUCUCCGCCGGAACGCGCGCACGCUCAUGGCGGGGGCUAUGGGCAUUCUGCGGAAUGCGGCCGGUCCCCGCGGAACUGGAAUCAGCGGAAUAGCGCGGCAAGAGAUAGGCAUAUGCGGACGCGAGACAACGGCGCAGAGUCGUGAAAGUGGGAUAGCUUCUAAUCUACGCCGCGACACGGGACUGACCAGGGGAGGUUUCAUCCGAUCCGAGCACAACUGCAGCGGGGGGAGGAUGCGAUUUCUCAGCGUGAAUUGUGACAGCAGCCCCAGCCGCCAAUGCAGCGCUAUUCCGCGCCAAGUGCACGGAUCGGUACCCCCCUUCCGCCAUGGCUGCUACCACUCCAGCGUCGCUUCACUCCCCUUGUACUCCCUGCCACCACCACACCCCACGCUCUGCAGCAGCAGCAGCAGCAGCAGCAGCGGGUGCGGAAGCUACAGCGGCGGAAUCAGGCGGGAGAGUGGCUCUCGAAGACUCUUCUCGCGGGGUAGCGCGAAUGCAGAUGCGAGUUUGGCGGUAGCGGAGGAGGAGACGGAGGGGGGUGCGGCUGUGGGGACAGGGGAGGAGAAAGCAGUAGGUGAUGCGAGAGUGGUGAGUGGAGAGGAGGGAGGUGAGAAAGCAGGGAGCUGCAGAAGUGAGGACGAGAAGAGAAGAGAAGAGAGCAAGGGACAGAGGAAGGAGAACGAGAAGGCGAAGGGGAAGGGGAAGGGGAAGGGGAAGGAAAAGGGUAAGGAGGAGGCGGUGAAGCUAAUGCUGUACAACACGAUGAGCCGCGGCAAGGAGGAGUUUGUACCGCUGCAGGCGGGGAAAGUGGGCAUGUAUGUGUGCGGUGUGACGGUGUACGACUACAGCCACAUCGGCCAUGCCCGCGUAUAUGUCUCCUUCGACGUCCUGUACAGGUACCUGCAGCACAUGGGGUAUGACGUCACGUACGUGCGCAACUUCACUGAUGUGGAUGACAAGAUCAUCAAGCGUGCGUUGGAACUGGGCGAGGAUCCGCUGCAUCUGAGCCGUCGGUUCAUUGGCGAGUUCCAUGCGGACAUGCAUGCGCUAGGGUGCCUGCCCCCCACGCACGAGCCUAAGGUGUCGGAGCACAUCCCCGACAUCAUCCACAUGAUCCAACAGAUAGUGGAAUCGGGAGUCGGCUAUGUGGUGGACGGCGGGGAUGUCUUUUUCAAUGUGGACAAAGCGGAAGGAUACGGACAGCUGUCCGGGCGGCGGCAGGAGGAGAACCGGGCAGGCGAGCGGGUGGCAGUGGAUGAGAGAAAGAGGAACCCAGCUGACUUUGCGCUUUGGAAGAGCGCCAAGCCGGGCGAGGUGUCGUGGGAGAGUCCGUGGGGGUUGGGGCGGCCGGGGUGGCACAUAGAGUGCAGCGCCAUGAGCCAGCGCUACCUGGGGUUCCGAUUUGACAUCCACGGGGGCGGCAGGGACCUCAUCUUCCCGCACCAUGAGAACGAGCUCGCACAGAGCAAGGCCGCCGCCGCCGCCGCCGCUGCUGCUGCUGCUGCUGCUGCUGGGGGUGCUGGUGCUUCGGCUGGUGCCGGUGGUGAUGGUGUGGAGCCGCAGCAGCAGCAUGCGCAUGGGGGGGAGGAGGGGCAGCAGCAUGGAGGAGGGUGUUUGCACUGCGCGGAGGGGGAGGGGGAGGCGUGUGGGGUGUCGGUGUGGCUGCACAAUGGGUUUGUAAACGUGGACUCGGAGAAGAUGUCCAAAUCGCUGGGAAACUUCUUCACCAUCCGAGAGGUGUUGGAUCGCUUUCACCCGGUGGCGGUGCGGUGGUUCCUGCUGUCGACACACUACCGCUCGCCCAUCAACUACAGCGACCGCCAGCUCGACCGCGCAUCCGACCGCGUCUUCUACCUCUACCAGCUCUUGGCAGACUGCGAAGCGGCCAAUCAGCAGCAGCAGCAGGUAUCACCUGGUGCAGGAGCGUCCAAGCCGCCUCCUGCGCCAGCCAAGGUGGCAGUGGCAGCAGCAACGCAGGUGGCAGCAGCGGUAGCAGCAGCGCUGGCGGACGACCUGCACACGGCGCAGGGAGUGGCGGCCCUCUCAGAGCCGCUCAAGCUCAUGGGGGACAUGCUGGGGGGCAAGAAGUACAAGAAGGACCCCUCCCGGGUGCCCUCCCUCCUGCUGCUGCAAGAAGCCGUGGUUUCCGUGCUCGGCCAGCUCGGCCUACCCACCACUGGAUAUACCCCGCUUCUGGAGGACUUGAAGCAGCUGGCGCUGAAGCGAGCGGGGAUGAGUGCAUUGCAAGUAGAGGCGAUGAUGGAGCAGCGGGAGGAGGCAAGGAAAGCCAAGGACUUUGCACGGUCAGAUGCCAUUCGAGAUGAGUUGGCGCAGGUGGGGAUCAUGCUCAUGGACACCGCUGCUGGCAUGAUGUGGCGACCUGCCGCCAUCACCACGCAUGAUGCCGAUGAUGCUGAUAGCUCAGCGGGCUCUGAAUGACGUAGUACUGGUAAUUGUUCCUUAUACAUGUCUGCCAAAUAGAGUAGUGGUUGGCAUGUGUAGGUAGUGUUUUUCUGUUCUAUAGGAUAGGUUGUGAUUAUUAUUACCUCAGGAAAUGCUGUAACAUCCGCAC